AUGGUGGAAGGACGAAAAGGACGAAGUAAAUCAAACGAAAAAGACGAAGUACGAAAAGGACGAAGGACGAAGAACGACAUAAAGGACAAAAAGUACGAAGAGGACGAACGCCGAAGGACGAAGGAUGAAAAGGAUGGUGCAAGAAGGAUGAAGGAUGAAGGACGAAGGGCGAAGGAUGAAAGGACGAAAAAGAACGAAGAAGGACGAAAAGGACGAAAAAAGACGAAAGGGGCGAUAAAGGAUGAAAAGGUUGAACAAGGAGGAAAUGUUCGAAAAAGGAUGAAAAGGACGAACAAGGACCAAAACGACGAAAAGGACGAAACAGGACGAAAAGGACGAAACGGACGAAAACUACGAAAAUUACGAAAAAGGACGAAGACGAAAAAGACGAAGGACGAAAAAAACGGAGGACCAAGGACCAAGGAUGGAGGACGAAGGUCAAGGACGAAGGACUAA